AUGGGAGAUACCACAAGUACAAGAAGGCCAAUCAGGAUAGGGAAUUCCUCAGGCGCGAUUGGGGAUGGCCCCGACCAAUUAUACCGGCUAGCCACCGAAGGUCCCAUCGAUGCGAUAUUUAGUGAUUAUUUGGCGGAAGUAAAUAUUCCCUGGAGAGCACUUGAGAUGAUCGACAACCCCGAGCUUGGCUACGAACAAUCUCCUCUCAUACAGCUCCAGUGGGAGAACGCUGCAGAGGAAAUUGUGAACCGCGGGAUCAAGUGGGUUCAUGACGGAGGUGCACUGAAUCCUCGAGGCUUGUACGAGGAGAUCAAGAGAAUACUAGACGCGAAAGGACUUUUGGGCCAAACAAAACUUGCUUGGGUUGAAGGAGACAACGUCCUCGACACAGUCAAAGCAAACCUUGCUGAUAUUCAUGGUGCGGCAAAGAUCUACUCGCAUCUGGAUAUUCCUGGGCAGACGUUGAAUGAUGCCUUCAAGGAUGGAGACGUAGGACAGAUUCUUAGUGCAAACGCUUAUGUUGGCUUGCGAGGAAUCCUAGCAGCACUCGAAGACGGUGCACAAAUUAUUGUUUGUGGCAGGGUUUGCGACGCUUCGCCGGUCAUGGCCCUGGGUGCGUGGUGGCAUGGAUGGUCUUUGACUGACUGGGACCAGCUGGCGGGUAGCCUCGUAGCAGGACAUAUUACUGAGUGUGGACCUUACACUACCGGCGGAAAUUUUUGUGACUUUUGUAACCUCUUUUCGGACCCAGGCUCACCAGAAGCCAAGUUUUACGAUCUUGGCUACCCCAUUGUCGAGCUCGCGGACGACGGAUCAUGUAUGAUAACUCAACACCCGGGAUCCAAUGGCGGCGUCACUGUAGACACCGUCACCGCUCAGCUAGUGUAUGAAAUUCAAGGACCAAAGUAUCUCAAUCCUGAUGUUGUCGCUCAUCUCGAGAACGUCCGCGUCGAAACUGUGCCGGGCGAAAAGAAUAAAGUCCGAGUAUGGGGUAUAACAGGAUCACCCCCUCCGCCGACCACCAAGCUCGCGGUAUGCUCCCUUGGUGGGUACCAGGCGGAGAUGACAUUGUUUGCCGUGGGACUGAAUAUCAAGGAGAAAUACGAAAGUUGGAAGAUGCAGGUAAUGAGGAAAACCGAUCCCUCAAAAUUUUCUAAGAUUGCUAUCGACCUUUACGGAUACGGCUUGCAUUCACUGCCUGCAUCAGAGCCUAGCGCCAGUAUUGGUCCAGGUUCUCAGCUACGAUAUAAUGACCCUCAAUCACAGAAAGACUGUACUGCGAUGAUUCGGCACUUUGUGCAGGCGCCGACAAAGGAUGUCAUCAGUGAUUUCAUGAACCUCUUUUUGACGAUGGGGAUGGCGGGAUACCCGGGACUAUGUAGAAGUCUGGACUUUCGUGAUGGAGUUCCAAAGCCUUUCAUCAAGUAUUUCCCUGCGAUCAUCUCUCAGCAAGACGUAACCAUGCGAGUUCACCUAGACAACGUUGGAAAGAGUGAUGAAGGCCGAACGAUUGAUAUCUCACCCAUCCAAGAAGAACAUACAGAACUCUUCAAUGGUCAGAGAUCUUACGACCCAGAUGACAAACUGAGUUUGGCCAAUUUUGGACCAACGAGGAGGGUUCCGUUUGGCACACUUGUUCUUGCCCGUUCGGGCGACAAAGGCGGGAACGCCAACGUCGGGUUUUGGGUUCGCAAUGCAAAUUCCGAAGCAUGGCCCUGGCUUCGGUCGCUACUCACAAUUAACAAGCUGAGAGAACUAUUAGGAAAGGAUGCCUAUCCACCUCAUGAUCAAUUCCAAUCCCGACCAUACCAAAUAACUCGAUUCGAGAUGCCUUACAUUCAUGCAGUUCACUUCGUCAUCUUUGGGAUCCUUGAAGACGGUGUGAGCUCCUCAAGCCUAGUCGAUCCUUUGGGGAAAAGUGUCGGGGAGUAUUUGAGAGCGAGGGAGGUUGAUGUUCCUCUGAAGUUUCUUCUGGGAAGAGAGCUGGGAUGA